CUUACCACCAAAUGUACCUUUAAACAUGGUCACCAUUUGAUCUCCCUUAACCCUCCACGUCUCCCUUAACCCUCCAUGUCUCCCUUAACCCUCCAUGUUUCCCUGUCUUCCGUAGCAUAACGCUAGAACCCGUAUAACUCGCAUCAGGACCCGGCCGUACAAGCGUAAUAAUGUCAUCAAAACGCGAAUCGCUCGUCGUCCUCGAUAUGAAUCGGCUUUAUUCCGUGGGAGAAAUCAGAGCUAUCAUCGAGGCACGUAAGGCCGACUUGAAGAAACAAGGAAUGGAAGUCACCGACGAUACCAUCAUUCAAUGGGGAGAGAAAAAGCGCAAGUCCGACGUAGCCAGCCUUGACGAUAAGGCGUCCGCAGAGUCACCUGAUGAAUACUCUGACGAGGAUGAACCAAUUUCUAUUAAAGAGAACUGUGACCAGAUACGGAGCAAGAUCAAUACUUUCAUAGACAAUGGCGGUAUGAAGGUCACCGAGUUCCAGGAAGUCAUUGGAGUCAGUGCCUCCAGCUACUAUGGCUUCAUGAAACAGAAGGGCAAGGACAAGGGUAGCUCUAGCGGUACCUAUAUCAAAGCAGCCCAAUUUUUCCAGAAGCGUGAACCCAAGAGGCUGCCCAUGCCGAAGAAGAGGAAAGUGUCCGAUUCAAAAGCAGCUUCGGGCGAAAAGAACCCUGAAGGCGCCGCGCCCAAAGCCAAUAACAUGGUCAAAUCCAAGAAUUCGACUGCUCUUGAUAUUUCAAGCAUUUCUCUCGAUGGCGAGGACACUGACUCCGUCCCUAUUUUUGACUCCCCUGGAGAGAUCCGCCGAAAGAUCAGUCUUUACCUUCGUAAGGACUGCGUCACCCAAGCGGCUUUUCUCCGCGAGCUCCACGCCCAGAUGCACGGUCCGCGCAAGCUGGCGAGGAUGCAAAGCUCCCAGCUCACCAACUUCAGAGGCAAGAGGGAACCGAUGGGAGGUAACCAAUCCGGCAUCUACUAUGCUGCUUACGUCUUUUUCGAGAAGCAGCGCUUGGCCGCGAACAAGCCAAAAUCCCAGCAUCGCCUCGAAAUGGAAGAAGUGUGGGGGGGUAGAGGAGGUGUCGAUGUCAAAAGGAAUCUAGUCAACCAGCGUAUCCUCUGUAUGCCCAAUCAACGGCCCUCUGCGGACAAAUUUGGUCGCGUCUUGGUAGUCCAACGCUGAUGAAAUUGAUUCCCGAUAUAGUCUUUCAUUUGCUGUUGUCUGUUACUGGCGUUGAUGGUUGUUCUUCUUUCUGUCAAUUACACUCAUCGUAUAUUAAGGUGUACAUAUGCUAUUGUAUUAUGUAUCUAGACAUAAGUAGAGAGAAAAUGAAAGUUCAGUAUCAAACCUG